AUUGCAAUAAUAAUUAUAAUAAAAUUUUUAUAUUAAUUUUUUAAAAUCAAAUAAAUAAAUUGGUAUAUAAAAUAAUUAAAGUUAUCAUUCAAAUUAAAUCAAUAUAGUUUUUUAAAUAAUAAUAAAAUAGAUAUUUUUUUUUUAAAAUAUUUAUUAUAUAUUUUUUUUUUAUAUUUUUUUUUUUACCAAUUUCCUCUCCUAAAUAAAUAAAAAAAAAUAUAUUAUAUAUUUAAUAAUAGUUAAUAAUAAAUAUAUAAAAUGAUAAUUCAAGAAAUAGUUUGUGUCCACGAACAUAUAAAGGAGCCUUUGCAAACAAUACUUUUGGACUGUAAAGCAACUUUAAAUCUGUUAGUUAGAGAAGAGAAUUUCCAAAAAGAGUUUGAAAAGUUAUUAAAUGACAGUAAUAGAUUCCUUUCAAUUAUAAACACAUUCCUUUCAGCACAUAUAUUCCCAGAUGGAGAGAUUAAAUUAAUGAUGGAUGAUAGGGAACAAAAUAUAACAGAGUAUUCGAAUACAAAGAAGUUUUAUUUACAAUGUUUUAUUGCAAGUUUUACAAAGUUACGUAAAAAUAUAGCAAAGUUAAUUUACUCAAUUAAAUCAAUGGAUAUGCAGUACUUGAAGCAAAAUCAAACCAUUUUCUCAUUACUAAAGCAUAAAUUAAACUAUAUUAUGUUUAAUGUUUUGGACUCUGCCAGAUAUAUUAUAAAAGUUUCAAGAGCCAAUUUAAAUGAUACUUCGUUUUAUUCAAGUAAUGAUAAUAAUAUUAAUAUUAUAUCAUCAGAUUUUUUAUUAAAAAUGAAGUCAUUAACAGAAUAUUGCUGUGAUCCACCAAAUGGUCUCAAUAGAGUUGAUUUUGCCGAUUUUAAAAAGAAAUAUAUAGAUUCAUUUACAACAUUUAUAGAAUUAACAGGUGAUUGUUUAUUUGAUAUUUCAAAAGAAACAAAAGCAUUAACAGAAACUUCAAAUGGUCUAUUAGAAGAUUUAGGUAUAUUGUUUGAACUAACACACAGGUCAAAUUCAAAUACUCAUGGUAUUGGUGGAUUUCAUUUAGAUAUGUUGGCAAAGAGGAGUGAGAUUGAAAAGUGGAUUGUUGAAUUGGUCGAUAAGGUUAAAAUUGUUAUUCCUCAGUUAGUUCAAUGUCACAAAAAACAACCAUCCGAUAAUAUUUUACCAAAUAAUAUACCCCUUAUUGGCGAAGAACCAAAUCUUUUAGAUGGUGAUGAUACCAGUAGUGUCGCUUCUUCUUCAGAUAUUAGUACAUAUUCAGUUGUAACAAAUGGUGUCGGUUGUACAAAUGGCAAUGGGUUACUUUCUGUUAAUGGUGCAAAUAGUGGCGAAAAUACUCAUAGUAACCGUAGUUCAAUUAUUAGUAAUAAUGGCAGUAAUUUACCAACAUCUCUUUCAAAUUUAGAAACAUUUUUAGAUACAAAAGAAAAACCACAACAAGCUCAAAUCAUUACCACACCAACAUUUGUUACAUCUACACUUACAAGCAAUUCAAACAGUGCCACACCAAGUGUUAGUAUUAAAGAAUGGGAUGCUGAUUUACCAAAGAUUGUUCUUUCUUUAGAUCAAGAUGAGGAAGAGGAUCAAGAUAGUCCAGUGAUCUGGUCAAUGUCAAUUUCACAAGUUUCCUCGGAUCCAUUUAAUAAUGAAAAGCAACAACAACAGAAGCAACAAAAACAAGCUCAAGCUCAACAACAAUCUGAUAAAUCUAAUGAUGAAAAGAAAAAGAAAUGGUUUAGAAAUCCAUUUAAAAAAGAAUCACCAAACUCAACACCACCACUUUCCACACAACAAGCAUUAUCAAUUAAAAUCCCACCUAUUCAAACAUCAUCGAUUUCAGUUUCAACCUCACCCAAUUCAUCAAAUACCUCACCAUUAUUGACACCAAAAUUAUCUUCGACAAAUGGCGGUAAUAUCGGUAGCAAUGGAGCACCAAAUGGUAAUGCCAUUAAUAUGAAUACAAAUGAAAUGUCAGUGCCAUUACCAAAUGUUUUAAUCAAUCAAUUUUGUAAUUCAAAUAAUAACAGUGCUAAAUUAUUGGAAAUUUUAGAAAACAUAAUCGAUGAAUACGAUAUUGAAGCACAGGAAUUAGAAUACUUUAAUAAUGUCCCAGUUGGUUUACAGGGUAAAGUUGAAGAUAAAUCAGUAGAAAUGUUCGAUUUAAAUCAAAUACUUUUUAAAGACUAUGUUAUUGAAGGAGAUGGUCAUAAAUCAAAAAGAUUUACCAAUAAGCUUUCAAUCGAAUUUGAUCAUAAUGAAAAACAUAUAGCACAUUAUCAUUCUUGGUAUCAGCAAGAGCAUUAUAACUAUUUAGGUUUUAUUCCAGAAUUUGGUGGUAACAUAGUUAUAUCAAUUAAAAAAGAACCAGAUAAUAUUUGUAACAAUAGUAAUAAUAGUAAUUGUAAUAAUAGUCAUAAUUUAACAGUAUCAAGCUCAUCAGUUUCAUCAAACAACUCAACAUUGUCCAAUGGUUCAUCAUCAAAUCGUUAUCAUAAAGUAAUAAUUAGAACUAAAAAUGGCACAGAGAGAUUGGUUAUUAAAUCAUCCAGCAACAAAGAGUCUGAUUUAAUAAAAUCGGUUAUCAAUUAUUUGAAGGUCAUCGUCAAAAUCUCUUCAUCAUCAUUAAAAAUCAACAAAUCAGAUUGUUUAGUUCAAAACCUAUUACAGUUUGAACUUGAAAAUCUUAAAAGAGAUUACAGUUUCUUUGUCGCAUUCCAAGGUGAGGGUCAGAACACCGAAUCUCAAAUCCUCUCAAAUGAACAUGUCAGCAGAGAAUUUACAGAUUUCUAUCGUUUCUUGGGUAAACAAGUGCCACUUAAAAAUUGGAAAAAAUUUGCUGGUGAAUUAGAUACCUCCCUACAUUCAUUAGAUGGCCAAUCAGUUAUUUACAAUCAAGUUAAUGAAAUUGAGGUUGUAUUUAAAAUUUCUCAUAUGUUAUCAUCAUUUGAAAAACGUAAAGAAAUUUUAAAUAAAUCUCAAAUUAUUAUAGUUUAUCACGAAGGCAAACAACCAUUUAAUCCAAAUACUUUUAAUUUACAAAAUAAUCAAACUUUAAUUGUUAUUAAAAAAGUUAAAGGGGAAGAUGAAAAUAAUAUUUAUUAUAAACUUGGCGUUUUAUAUAAUAAUAAUAUGGCACCAUUCACACCAAUGAUUCCAGAAGGUUCAAUAUUUAAAAAAGAUUCUCAAUUUUUACAUUAUUUUAUUACAAAAUGUAUUAACGCACAAAAUUCUUAUUUAUCAUCCCAGUUAAAUCAAACCCAAAUUCAAAAAAGAGAGUAUCGAUUAAAUGAAAUUUGUUCAAAAAAAAAGUAAAUAAUACUAAAGAUAUUAUUUAAUAUUUAAUAAAAAAAAAAAUAAUUAUUGUUAUUUUUAAAUUAUUUAUUUAUAAAAAUAA